UCAUGUGCUUCUGAAGAAAGAAAUAGCAUGGCAGCUACAGAAGCCCCAAAAGUGAUUGUUUACGGUGGAAAAGGGGCUCUAGGAUCUGCAUGUGUGCAGUACUUCAGAGCUAAAAACUGGUGGGUUGCCUCUAUAGAUUUCAGUGCCAAUGAAGAAGCCAGUGCCAAUGUUACAGUUAAGAUGACUGAAUCCUUCACUGAGCAAGCCAACCAGGUAACAUCUGAUGUCAGUGAGCUGUUAGGUGAGGAUAAGGUUGAUGCCAUCUUGUGUGUGGCUGGAGGCUGGGCAGGCAGCAGUGCCAAGGCCUUAAACUCUGUAUAACAUUGCUGAUUUGAUGUGGAAGCAGAGUGUGUGGACCUCCAAGAUUUGCAGUCACCUAGCAACCAAACACCUGAGAGAGGGGGGGCUUCUCACACUGGCAGGGGCUUCUCACACUGGCAGGGGCUAAAGCAGCACUGGGUCCAACAGCAGGCUGUUCUAUAAGUGGACAACAGGAGAGAAUAGACCUCCUUCAGGUACUCUGAUGCAGUUGGUUACUGCAGACAGAAAAACGGAGACUACUCCGGUGUUAUGAUUAAUUUGAUGAUCACCAAACUCCUUUAAGCCAAGCCAAUAAUCCACUACUGUCUCUGCAUUAGUGAGGCUUUUUAUCAUAUUGCCUUUUUGUUUACAUGUAAACACCAAAGUACUGUAAGUUGUAGUUAUUGAAAAUUGGAUAAUUGCAUAAAAAUGUCAAAGAUUAUGUUUUGUAAAUGUGAUGGUAAAAAUAG